AUGAAUUCCGCCCCGAUCUCGACCGCGCAGGACGUCGCGGCGCUGCAGGCGCUGAGCCCGAAGCCGCACCAGUUCAUGUUCACGUCGCUGCUGAAGUGGGCGCUGGCGCUGGGGCAUCUGCUGCAGAGCGCGCUGCCGCCCCAAGACCCCCAGCAACAGCAACAGCAUCAAAAUGAACCCAAACGCGGACUCUUCCGCCGCAACAGUACGUCGUCGUCCAAGAAGAAGCCCAAGAAGGAGCGCAAGAAGCCGUCCAAGGCCAAGUCGGAGACCUUUAGGGGGGGAGCUAUGGAGGCAGCCAUUCUGUUAUUCCACCGGGUCGUGGAGGGCUGCCAGCACUUUGUCACGACUUUCGGCAAGACGCACAAAUUCGUCUUCCACUUGGCCAGUAUGCGGCGAAUGUACUUGGAUCUGGAGGCCCUUGGAGCGAAGCUGGACAAGGUGGUGACGCUGGCGGAGCUGCAGGAGAAGGUGGAGCUGGAGAGGCAACAGGGCAAGGAGCAGGGCUGGACGUGGAGGAAGCAGCUGGACGAGGACAGGGAGAAGGAGGAGGCGGAGCUCAGUGCCCGAGCCGCCAAGAACGCGCUCCCGUUCGCGAGGAACAUGCUGCCCCACGAGCCCAUGGAGGCUCUGACGCUGCUGAAGUUUGAGAUCGACCACUUUAAGGCGGAGAACUCGACGCGCCACGUGGCGAGCAUGAAGAAGGUCUUCUUCAGUGUGGUCAGGUCCUCGAACGGACGUGUGGCCAAGAUCCCCGAGUGGUACAUCCCUCCGUACGCGGUGAAUUAUUCUCGAGAGAAAGUGAUGGAGGGCUCGGUCGGGACGGCACACCGAGGCGUGUGGGUGGACAGGAAAUCCGUGCAGAAGAAGACGCCUGAAAAGGACAGCGGUCACGUGGAACAGCCGAAGACGCACAAGGUGAUGGUGAAGCGGUAUGUUAUCCAUGCUGACGCGAUCGAGACGUUUAAGCAAGAAGUGGAAGCCUGGUUCGCGAUGGAGCAUGCCAACAUUAUCAAGCUCUACGGCGCGUCGCACUGCAGCCGACCGGCCCUCCUUGUGCUUGAGGACGCCACCAAUGGAUCUCUCGUGAGCUACCUGACUCGUCAACGUCAAUUCCAGGCCGGAAAGCGCAGAGAGAAGCGCACUCGUGGGGAAGGAGUGAAUACGCAGUGGCCGUAUCGGAACCAGAGGCAUGCACUAUGGAGUUUGUUUCUGGAGGCGGCGGAGGGGCUGCGAUACCUGCAUGAGGAGAUAAAGCUGGUUCAUAGCAACCUCAAGAGCGACAAUAUUCUGGUCACUGGUGACAGCCGUGUCAAGCUCACGGACUUUGGUCUCGGCGUGCUCGCUCUGCAGGAUCAGGCGGUACAGGACAAGAAGUUCCAGGAGCUGGGAUGGCGAGCCCCCAAUUGCGUUCAGAAGAAGCCCUUCCGCCGUCCGUCUUUCCAGGACGACGUCUAUUCGUUUGGCCUUUGCGUGCUGGAUGUGCUGGUACCUGAAUUCUCGUCGAUCAAGCCGGACACUCGCCAAGGUGCACCAAAGCACGUCGGCGACAAAGGAUUCAACCCGUUGUCGAGGGACGUGCUGGCGCUGAUCGAUAACGAAAGCCAUAAGAAGCUUGUCCAGGACAUGUGCCAGGAAAACCCCGGGAAGAGAUUGUCGCUGAAGGAUGUGAUCUCGCGCAUGGAAGAAAUCCGUGAUGCGGCUGCUAAGGAGCCCGCGGAUUCCAGUGAGUGCUGCAUUCUCUGA